AUGACUCUCAUUCACAUGGUCCUAUUCAAGUUCAGGCCUGAAGUGACGCAAGAACACAAGGAGACUUUCGUGAGAGAAUUAAAGAAAUUGAAGAACUUGUCCUGUGUUAAAGACAACCGUUUAAUCGUUGGAGGACCUUCUGUCACGGACCCUAUUGAAAGAAGCAAGGGGUUCGAGUUCGCUUUACUCAGUUAUCAUGAGAACCGUGCUGCGCUUGAUGAGUACCAAGCCAGCAAGGAGCACCAUUGGGUGACUCAGACAUACAUGUUUCCCUACAAGGAGGAUCUUUGUCGAUUUGACUUCGAAGUCGACGAGGCAGACGAAUACAUGUGUGACUUCUCCAAGCUUGCUGCCAAAAUGACUGGUGGAUUGUUGACGCCUGAAGAGCAGUCGAUAUAG